CACUUUAAAUGUAGUGGUCCAAAAUGACAAUGAGAUACAGAGUACGUUUGUCCUAUAACUUUAAAUGUAGUGGUCCAAAAUGACAAUGAGAUACAGAGUACGUUUGUCCUAUAACUUUAAAUGUAGUGGUCCAAUAAUACAUUGGUGUAUGGUUACUAUGGUAAUGCAUAUUCCAGUUAUCAUUCUCAACAAGGCUUCAUGCUGAAAUGACUCAUUUGCUGUAGCUAUAACCCCCGGUACACAUCGGAUGCCAUCCCAAUGGACAGCAGUACAUUCCACUGUGCAUUAUCAGCCAUAAGCCUAUCAAAUUCAAGAAUCAGCCAGCAUAGUGUCUCUUGCUGAUCUGUGUUUUUAAACAGAUGAUUUAGGUGCCAUGUAAGCCUAGAUACAAUGUAUUGUAAUGACAAAGCGUUGUAUGCUUGUGAGAAUGAUGCACAAAAUGAUCAAUACAAAUGAUUGUGCUGUUUAAGCCAACUGUCACCGUUUGUACUGAUGACUGAGUAAUGUUUGUACUGAUGACUGAGUAAUGUUUGUACCAAUGACUGAGUAAUGUUUGUACCGAUGACUGAGUAAUGUUUGUAGUGAUGAUUGAGUAAUGUUUGUACUGAUGACUGAGUAAUGUUUGUACUAAUGACUGAGUAAUGUUUGUACUGAUGACUGAGUAAUGUUUGUACUGAUGACUGAGUAAUGUUUGUACUGAUGACUGAGUAAUGUUUGUACUGAUGACUGAGUAAUGUUUGUACUGAUGACUGAGUAAUAUUUGUACUGAUGACUGAGUAAUGUUUGUACUGAUGACUGAGUAAUGUUUGUACUGAUGACUGAGUAAUGUUUGUACUGAUGACUGAGUAAUGUUUGUACCGACGACUGAGUAAUGUUUGUACUAAUGACUGAGUAAUGUUUGUACCUAUGACUGAGUAAUGUUUGUACUGAUGACUGAGUAAUGUUUGUACCGAUGACUGAGUAAUGUUUGUACUGAUGACUGAGUAAUGUUUGUACUGAUGACGGAGUAAUGUUUGUACCGAUGACUGAGUAAUGUUUGUACCGAUGACUGAGUAAUGUUUGUACUGAUGACUGAGUAAUGUUUGUAGUGAUGACUGAGUAAUGUUUGUACUGAUGACUGAGUAAUGUUUGUACUGAUGACUGAGUAAUGUUUGUACUGAUGACUGAGUAAUGUUUGUACUGAUGACUGAGUAAUGUUUGUACUGAUGACUGAGUAAUGUUUGUACUGAUGACUGAGUAAUGUUUGUACCGAUGACUGAGUAAUGUUUGUACCGAUGACUGAGUAAUGUUUGUACCGAUGACUGAGUAAUGUUUGUACUGAUGACUGAGUAAUGUUUGUACUGAUGACCGAGUAAUGUUUGUACUGAUGACAGAGUAAUGUUUGUACUGAUGACUGAGUACUGUUUGUACUGAUGACUGAGUAAUGUUUGUACCGAUGACUGAGUAAUGUUUGUACUGAUGACUUAGUAAUGUUUGUACCGAUGACUGAGUAAUAUUUGUACUGAUGACUGAGUAAUGUUUGUACCGAUGACUGAGUAAUGUUUGUAGUGAUGACUGAGUAAUGUUUGUACUGAUGACUGAGUAAUGUUUGUACUGAUGACUGAGUAAUGUUUGUACUGAUGACUGAGUAAUGUUUGUACUGAUGACUGAGUAAUGUUUGUACUGAUGACUGAGUAAUGUUUGUACUGAUGACUGAGUAAUGUUUGUACCGAUGACUGAGUAAUGUUUGUACCGAUGACUGAGUAAUGUUUGUACUGAUGACUGAGUAAUGUUUGUACUGAUGACCGAGUAAUGUUUGUACUGAUGACAGAGUAAUGUUUGUACUGAUGACUGAGUACUGUUUGUACUGAUGACUGAGUAAUGUUUGUACCGAUGACUGAGUAAUGUUUGUACUGAUGACUUAGUAAUGUUUGUACCGAUGACUGAGUAAUAUUUGUACUGAUGACUGAGUAAUGUUUGUACCGAUGACUGAGUAAUGUUUGUACCGAUGACUGAGUAAUGUUUGAAUGGUUUUAGACUAAUCGUUUUGGUUUGACUGCUUUACCAAUGAAAAUGGUUGGCUACUGGCAGCUCAAUGCAGUAUGAACAAAACAAGCUGAACCAUAGUUUAAUUGUUUUAUAGGCCGAUAUUAUUGUCACAAGUUUUUUGUUUUGUUUCUCAGACCAUUUAUUUUGGGGCUGUUAUUAUCAAGGAUACUCAUUUGUUAAUAUUUAGGUUUUUUUAAUCACUUUUUUUAAUCACUUAUCAUUGAUGUGUCCCAAGAAACUUGAAAAAAAUGUAUCAUCAGUCAUUCUGUUCCAGUUUCUAAUAUUGUUCUAUAGAAACGGUUAUUUUAUACACAAUGUAGCUGAUUUAUUGUCCAUAGUGUUUCCAGGUUUAGUUAAGCUUUAAGUGAGAAUAUGGAGCAUACUAUUGGUACCGUAUUAACAAGCUUAUUUCCAUUAGGGGGUAGAUUAUGACCUGGUGUAGCAGUCCAUUUUAGCAAGUGUAUUCUUCAUUAGAUAAUGGUUAAUCAUUGUCUGAUUUCUUAUCAGAUAAAAGCUUUACAUACAGUGUAUAAAAGUUAUGUUCCUCAUCACAUCUAAUGGUUGGAUUGUAGUUCCCCUUGAUUCAAUUAGCUGUUUUGCUGUUGUUUUGCCUUUUUAAAGUCCCAUGAACUAUUACAUACCUUCUGUGACAAGAGACAAUAUGGGAGUGACAGAUAUGAGGUAAGGAAAGUGAAACUCAUCCAUUGUAAUAAUACUAGCCUCACUCAGUCAGUCCCAUGACUGCUGAAACUCUUCACUAAGAAAGACAUCACAUCCCAGACAGAGCACACCAUGGGCGUCCAGGGAUUGACCAGCUUUAUGGAGGAGAAUGGAAACAUUUUAAAAGAUGUUCACCUCAGAAACAGCAAGUUGAUCAUUGAUGGUAGUAAUCUGUUCAACUUGCUUUAUUUUGACUCAGGUUUGGAUCAGAGUCAUGGAGGGGAUUAUGAUGCUUUUGAGGACCAGGUCUGCAAGUUCUUUAAGGCUCUGAGAGACUGCGACAUUGACCCCUUUGUGAUUGUUGAUGGGGGCUCCGACUACACCGACAAAAAGUUUGAAACAAAAAAAAAACGAGCUCAAUCAAGGAUCAACACUGCCAACGACUUGUCCAUGGGGCUUCAGGGGAGCGGUGGUAUAUUACCAACCCUCAUCAAACAUGUCUUCAAACAGGUCCUCUCCAGCCUGAAGGUGCCGUUCGCACAGUGCAUUUGUGAGGCAGACCAAGAUAUAGCUUCCCUGGCUCGAAGUUGGAACUGUCCAGUGCUGUCCAAUGACAGUGACUUUUAUAUCUUUGACAUCCAGGCAGGAUUUCUGCCUAUCUCCCAUUUUCACUGGCAGAGAGUGUCUAUGCAACGCGGGAGCUCUAUAAGAUACAUUCCCUGCAAGCAGUACACCACAACAAGCUUCUGCAGACACUUCAACAUCAACAGAAAGGUUCUCCCGGUCUUUGCCUCUGUGGCAGGAAAUGACUACAUCAAGUUGCAUAACAUGGGUGUUUCCCUCAGGUGGGAAGAAUACACAUCAAUGAAAGGAAGGUUUGCCCGCUUCAACGGCUUGCUGAAUUGGCUGACCCACUUCCAUGGGCAGAAGGAUGCCUUGGACUCUGUGCUCAGGCUCAUCAGUCAUAGUAACAACAGACAGAAAACAGGUGCUGCCCUCCAGGGCCUCUCCCUGGGCAUAGAAGAGUACCAUCUUCCCCCUAGUUGCCUGGAGCGGUUCUUCAACGAUGGAGUGGGACCAGGGCCCGGCCGUCUCCCAGAGCCUCUGAGGGUCCUUCCAGACUGGACCCUGCUGCCGUUGAUGGAAGGUAGACUUCCCUCCUGCAUGGUAGACGUGAUGCUGCUGGGAAGGAUGAUGCAGGGUGCCCAGGUGGAAGAUCCCAGCUUGCCAUGUGGGAACAACACCUCUCGGUCCAUACGACAGGUACUCUACGGGCUGCUGCUGGGUGGGAAGAGGGCAGACCACAGCAGUCAGAGACCCCCAGUUGAUGAAGUGGAGGAGUAUUACAGGGAGGGCAAGAGCCUGACCAGCAGCAUGGUUGAAGCCGUCCUGCCCAGUGCUGCAGAACAUAUACAGCUAGACACUCUGCAUCAGGCUCCAAGGUUAGUGCAGCUUAAGGUGUUUUUGGAGACACUUGGUGUGUCCCAGUCCACUUUGAGCGGUGUCCCGCCUCAUCUGCGUCUUCCUGUGCCUGUCACCUGCUACUGGCUGAGGCAUGCCCAUCCCCCUCCAGAACUCCCUGUCCUGCAGGCCCUGCUACUAGGAUUGGUGUACGGAGAGCUCUGCAGACGGAGAAAGAGCCAAAGAGGGUUUAUGGAGAGACCAGUGUUGGAGAGGCUGAGAGGGCUGAUUCAGAGAAGUAGAAGGAGCCUAGACCUGGGUGUGGCCCACGCCUACAGCCAGUGGCAGUGCUGCCUGAAAGAAAGCCUUCACCUCAACCAACUGCUGUGCUUCCCUUUAGCCGAGCCUCAGUGUGCCUGGCUGUACAAGGGCACUCUGGUGCACCAGCUUGUGACCAAACUGAGAGGGGGGUUAACCCCGGAUUCUCUCCUGAUGGGAGACCUUGGCUCUGGACAGCUGUAUAGGGCCAUGCUGGGAGCCAUACUCAACUCCCAUGAUUCUCAUGAGGCAGCUGUCAUCCCAUUUGUGUCUGGGCUGCAGAGGGCCACACCUCCAUCCUUGACACAGCCACUGGACAAUCUGACGGCCCAUCUACACAUUUUGGCUCUGGAAGAAGAUGAUGAGGAUGGUGCUGGAGGUGGGAGCAAGGCCAAGCCAGAGGACGAUCUGGGUUGGACUUUAGUCUCAGUGCGGACCAGGCACAAGAGCAAGGACAGAUUCAACCGAUCUAGGAAUCCAGAAUUCUCCCGGAAGCAGGGGCGGAUCAGCAGGGAAUAGGGAGGGACCAUUAUAUAACUGUUUAGAUAGAGACGUUCUGCUCAACCCUUUAAUAUUUUUAUUGAUCUUAUGUGUACCUAUUAUGACUUAAUUGACAUUUUAUUAGCAUUAACUAUAAUAGAAGUUAUGAUAAGUUUGACUGUUUAAUCAGUUUUUAUUUCUUUGCUCUCUACUGUAAAGCGUUUUUUGGUCUUUGAAAAUAGCUCUAUAAAUCCCAUUUAUUGUUACGAUUA